CAUCACUCUUUCCCGGGAAUGCUUCCCUGCUCAUCAUCGGCGCAGAUGGAGGAGGAGAGGGACGCGCACAUGCAGACAGAGUGUCACAGACUGACGGAGGAGAGAGACGAGGCCGAAAGACAACUCAAACACAUCAAGAGAGUGUCUCAGAUGGUGAUUGAGGAGGUGAGCGUCCUGCAGACUCAGCUGGAGAUCGAGAAGUCGUGCCGAGAGAAUGCAGAGGCCCUGGCCACAAAGCUGAACUGUGAAAACAGGAAGUUGAAGUACCUGAGCAUGUCAUCCCGACCGUGUCUAGACGAGCUGCUGCCCAGCAUCUCAGACUGCAUCGCUCUGGAGGCCGACUCAGACGUAGACACAGCGGACGGCGGUCCAGACAACUUCACACAAUACCAGCAGCAGGUUAAAGAGUUAAGAGAGACAGUGAACAGCCUGUUGGAGGAGAAGAAGAACUUUGUCUGCCAGAUUCACGAACAGCAGAGACGGAUAGAAGAGCUGAGCACACAGUCAGAGAAAGAUCAGGCAGAGAUGAAGGAGCUUCAGGAAACUGUUGAACAGCAAAAAAAAACCAUCAAGAGAUUCAACAGAGUGUCCAUGAUGGCGGCUCAGGAGUUCGACGGGAUGAUGGAACAGCUGGACUUGGAGCAGAGCCUUAGAGUAAAAGCUGAGACGUACGCACACGAGAUGCUGGUGAAGCAGAAGGAGGCUAACAGGCAGAGCAUGCUCUUGCUGCAGAGUGCUGAGCCCAGCGUUCAGCUGCUGAAAGCUCUGGAGGACGUCGCCGCCAUCACCAAAACCUUGGAGGAGGAGCGUCUGCAGCAUCAGCAGAAGGUAGAGAGCCUGGAGGCCCAGCUGGAGCAGAGCUGUGUGAAGAAGCAGCUGGAGGCUCUGCAGAGGCAGCUGGAGCUGCUGGAGGUGGAGAAAAAGGAGGUGGAGGCACGACUGGAGCAGUCAGAGAAGAAGAACAAGGAGCUGCAGGAGAGAGUCCACGAGCUCCAGGAGGAAACCGAGAAACAUGACAUGACUUCCAGCACAGGACCCCCUCCCCCUGAACCUGGGGUCGCCCCACCUCCAGCCCCUCCCCCACAGCCACCUCCUCCCCCUCCUCCUCCUCCCCCACCCCCUCCCCCACCUCCCCCUUCGAGAUGCAACCCACUCAGCUCUCUGAUCGCCAUCAUGAGGAAAUCAUCCAAAGGCUCUAAAGCAGCUGUGAAGGCCGAGCAGCCUCCAGCUGCCGAGGGUGUGGAUGACGUGAAGGUGAAGGCGGUGAAUGAAAUGAUGGAGAGGAUCAAACAUGGCGUCGUCCUGCGGCCGGUUAAGAGUCAGGACAGUAAGAAAUAUAUUUGUUUCCUUUCUCAGCCUCCUCCGGUCUGUGAGGAGAAGCAGCAGCAGGAGAGUGCCAUGGAGGAACUGAAAGGCAUCCUGGAGACAGUAAAGCGGAGCCCCAGCCGAGGCUCUCAGGAGGCGGGGCCGUCGCUGCCGGGGAAGAAGGACAGUGAGCUGGAGGUCAUCCUGAGACGCCGACGCAACAAGGCGGGAGAAUCUGGUUCAGGAGACGAGCGUGAGGGUCAGAUGAGCCACGUCUCCUCCUCGGACAGCCUGAACGGGAGACGCACCAGCGGUGAUUUAGGAAAGGAUCCAGAGGGGCCGAAGGUCAGCUCGGAGAGACGAGGGUCAGGACCUGGGCCCAUAGUGGCCAGGAGAAAGAGCUCG